CUAAAUUACCUCCACUCACCACCGAGCGGCGAGUAUAAUUGCUCUGUCACAUGAAACCAUGGCAACUGGAAAAAAGGAAAGGACUGGGUGACUAACCACCUCAUUGGUUUUUCUAUUGUCAGACCAUCAGGAAUAAGAAUAGAACAAACUACGCACCAAAGGCAAAAAAGCAUUGGCAAAAGAAACAUAAAAAAACAUUCCAAAGUAAAAAUGGCCAGUGAUGAUUCCUGGGUUUUUGAUUCGUUGGUGUGUUUUCUGCACGGACCCGUUUGGAAUGCUCCCCUGCAAACAUUUAUUGAGGAGAAAUCGCUGAUUUUCGAUCCCAAUUUGCAGCCGGACGAAAGUAAUCCCGAGGUCAAGCGCAUCCAUGAAGAUUAUAAAAAUCUUGUCGACUACAUGUUGGGUAGUUUUAUGGAAGAAAUGCAAAUUACGCCAGAGCAAUUUGAAAUGGCCUGUUUGGAGGGUAGGCAGCAGCAUAAGGAUAAUCCCUUUCAAUUUCAUCAGGGUUUAUUCCAGCAGAUAUGGGCUGCCAAUGACAUAAAAAUUUUCAUACGCAUGAUGACUCAGCGUAAUGUCGAACUACAGCUACAGGCGUUGGAUUUGAUAGAGAAAAAUCAAUUGGCAUUGUUUCAGCAGGGUGAAAGUUUCGACAGUCCCAGCGAGAGUGGAAGGCAGUCACAAAACGACAAACAUAGCGAUGUGGACAAUUUCAUUGCAAAAUCUGUGGGCAAAGAAAUGGAAACGCCUGAGGCAUCUGUGACCCCAGAGCCCGAUGCCACCGAACAGGAUGUCAAUGAAAAGUUUGAACGUUUAAAUUUAUUCUUUGAAAAAAAUCAACAGGUAAAUCCCGAUGAAAUGAUAACACGCCAAGAAUAUCUGAGAGAGCAACGUGAUAAAAUCAUUGAGCUGAAAAAGAAAACUAGAGCCAAACAGUUGCAAGAGACAGUGGCCAAAUCAUUGAACUCGCCAGUACCGGGGACAUCUGCCUCGAAAAGUGCUAGGCCCACUUCGGCCCAAGUGGCUCAGAAACUAAUGGAAAAUGUUUCCAAACCAAAUGCUGCCUUGGAAAAGCCGGACGAGGUGGAGACCGACUCGGCAUUACAGUUGAGAAAAACGUUGGCAAAACGCUUGAAGGCUGAAGUUGUGGAACAGAAUUGAAGUGUUUCAAAAAAAGGGGGAAUAAGAAAAACUAAACAUAAUAAAUUUAUUUCAUUUAAUGAAAUAAAUUUUUCAGAACAUUACUUAAUUCUAGCAAAAGAAAA